AUGGCCCGCCCCCGCCCCCCGCUCCCCACAACCACCCAGGCCCUCCACUCCACCUACGCCUCGCGCCUCCGCACAGGCGUCACCCUCCUCAUGCAGCCCAUCCUCUCCGCCCACGCCGCCUCGUCCUCCGCCGCCGCCGCCGCCACCGCGGGCCUCGCAGGCUCUGCCGCCCGCCCACGCCGCGGCGGCGUCGUCAGCUACGCCGACCCCGGCUCGGGCGACGAUAUCCCCGACGCGGGCGAGGUCGACUCGGACGGAUCGGACUUUGUCGCCAGCGGUGGCACCCGCAGCGCCGUGCGCGCUGCCAGGGUGGGCUCCCGCAUGGGCCAUAGCAUGAACGUCUUUCACGCCGGGGCUACGGGCAGCACACCGGGCCCGCCGUCGGCCGCGCAGAGGGAGAGGGACGCGGGGAAGAUGGAGCUCGAUCAGAGCUACCUCGGCAUGGUCCCGCCCGCGCGCUUCAUCACCCCGAAGCCCGUGGGCCCCACCAAACACGAAAACUUCUCGUACGACGCGCUCGAGGCGCAGGCGCAACGCACGACCGCGCUCGUGCCGAUCCGCGUCGAGUUUGAGACGGAGACGCACCGCGUGCGCGACUGCUUCGUGUGGAACCUCCACGAGGCGCUCGUCUCGCCCGAGCAGUUCGCGCGCACCUUCUGCGCCGACCUCGACCUCCCGCUCGCCCCGUGGGCGGACACCGUCGCCGCCCAGAUCCGCGCGCAGCUCGAGGACCACGAGGGCGUCGGCAAUAUGGAGCUCGCCGUAGACGGCACCGCCGACGGCCCCGCGAGCGACGAGGUCCCCGAGUGCAGGGUCAUCCUCAGCAUCGACGUGCAGGUGGACAACCACCACCUCGCGGACCACAUCGAGUGGGACCUGCGCUCGCCGCUCACGCCCGAGGCGUUCACGCACCAGCUCUGCCUCGACCUCGGCCUCUCGGGCGAGGCCGGCCCGCUCAUCGCGCACGCGAUCCACGAGGAGCUCGUCAAGCACAAGCGCGACGCCAUCGAGUGGGGGCUCAUCGGCGGCGCCGAGCGCGACGCUGCAGCCGCCGCCGCCGCCGCCAACAGCGCCAACCCUGCCAACGCCACAGCCACAGCCGCCGCGGGGGAGGACGCGGCGCCGAGGGACAAGAGCGGGCUGAGCCUCAUGAAGGACAAGACGGGGCUCGGGCUCGGGUGGGGCCGCACGCCGAAGGACGGGCGGGGCCCGCGCGUGCUGCGGAGCGUGUGGCGGGACUGGCCCGAGGCGGAGGAGUUUGGGACGCGGUGGGAGGCCCUGAGCGUCGAAGAGGUCGAGCGGAGGGAGGUCGAGCGCGAGCGCGCGAGCCGGCGGCUGCGGCGCGAGACGUCGAAGUUCCAGAGCUCGGCGAGGACGAGGCGGCGGUGA